AUGAUCACUCCUCCGUACAACGCGAAGCGAUCCUCUUCUCCAAAUGUCAAAGUUCGCACAUUCACGCAGCGCGGAGAGGCAGAAGAUCUUGACGACGGCAAACAGAGAAACCCCGAGAACAAGAACGCAAGCUCUCCUCCACGCCAUCAUUACGAUAAGAAGCGGAAGACCGAGCGGAACAGUACGGACGCUCUCGAAGCAGCUUUGAACCUGCCCAGCUUUGCAUGUGCUGCGUCUCUCCUCGAUUCGAUGAAGUUCUCCCACGCAAGGGCCGCCGGCGCAACGGAUAGACAACAGAUGGAUGUUGACCGGGUCAUGGCCUAUGGAGUGGACGAGCCAAGCGGUCACUUUCCAAGCACACUCUCUGAUUCUAUACCUCUGAACGGCACAGCGGGACUUGCUGUUGGCGAGGUGGCAGACACAGCCAACUGUGCUGUCCCACCACCGGCCUCCCACUCCUCACACACGUAUCGUACUUACAUUCCCGUUCUCAGCUCAGAGUAUCCCCUGAAUUACCUCUUUAAUGAUCUUGAGCCUUGCGCAGCAGCAGAGAACCAGGUUCAUCACCAUCAUCAUUACCAUCCUUCCUUCUCCAGGACGGGUUUUCCUAUCUACGAAGACCCCGACGACAUUGAGAUUCAAUUCCAAGAGAUCAGAGUGAACGUCUUCGCUCCAUGGGAUGAAGACAAGGAGAACGUCGACGAGGGACCUUGGAACGGUGAGCCCGUAGAAGAAGGAGGAGGAGGAGGAGGAGGAGGAGGAGGAGGAGGAGGAAGAGGGGAGCAACACCACGAAGACAGCAGCACCGCUGUGACUAUCUAUCCGAACAGCAGCACCCGCAACGGCAACACCAACAUCUUCGCAACCCAUGACCUCACCCUCAACACCAACCUGGAGACGGACACAGACAUGAACAUGGAUAUGGAUCUCAACCUAGAUCUCGACAGUAUCACCAUGUUCCCCGCCCCCGAGAACAGUCUCUCCAGCACGCCCACCACCCAACACUCCAUGGACACAAAUGCCUUCAACUGGGAUGUCAACGCGCACCUCACCACCAUCCUCACCACCACCACAGGCGAUACCAACCCGCCGUCUGCAGCGUUCUUCGACGAACCCGAGGCCACCGUUGGACCGUGGACUCAGGUUCCCGACCUCGUGGCUCCUUUCUCAGUGCACACGAGCCAAGAGCUGCUCAUGGAUGAUGGCACAAAUCACGCUACACUGGCUCCAGUCGAGGAGAUUACUAUCAAUCCUCCUCCGGAGUUUGACUUCGCAGAGCACGAUCAGGUCACGCCGGACGCGAGUGGUCUCUGGUUACCCUGGUCCUCGCAGAAUUUGACCGCGUCGGAGAUGGCUGCGCUUGCGCUCUCGGUUGCGAGGCAGCGGGAGGAGCAGAUGCAAGGGGAUCAGAUGCUGCAGCAGAUACCGGUGCAGGCUGGUAUGGCUGUCGCUGGAGGGAAAAAGGUCCGCCGUGGUACCAGGCGACUGUAA